AGCACAAACAUACUGUACUUCUGUUUUAUCCUCAUCAACAUCUUCUCAACUGAGCUCUACAAACUUAACUAUCUAUCUUCAAGAUGGAAGCUAUUGGCAAAUCUUUGAAGGAAGCUCUCAAGUCUGCCCAGUGUGAGGAUCGCCUCACUGUUGGUGUCUAUGAGAGUGCCAAAAUAAUGAAUGAUGACCCAGACAGCGUGUCUUUCUGCGUUCUGGCCACCGAUGAGGAGUGGGAGUGUGACAUUGCUCUCCAGAUCCACUUCACCCUCAUCCAGUCUUUCUGCUUUGACAACGACAUCAGCAUCGUCAGAGUGAACGACAUGCAGCGCCUGGCUGAGAUUGUUGGUGACAAGACUGGCCAGCUUGAAGAUGCCCACUGCUGUCUUAUCACGAACCCAGCUGAUGGUUCUUGGGAGGACGCUGCUCUGGAGAAGCUGCACCUGUUCUGUGAGGAGAGCCGCAGUCUGAACGACUGGGUUCCAGAGAUCACCCUUCUUGAGCGCUGAUCUGGAACUUGAUUCUUCUCUCUUGAGAUGCUGUAAACCUUCAACCUAUAAGGAAAUACUCAUCCGUUUACAGGAUGACACUGUUUCUCAUCCCUGGAUACUCCUGAGGAGGAUUCCGAUCCAGGCAGCGCGUGGCCGGCCCGAGUGGCCCCCGCGAUUCGUUGUCUCUUGUCCCGUCCAUACCAAGAUGACUUCCAUUCUUUAUGUGAAUGAGGUCAGGUAUGCCACGAGAGCAACAAAAAUGGCCCUCAUUCUUUGUGCGGAUGAGGUUUGGAGAGAAAGGAGAAGCGAGUUCUGCAUCUUGUGGUCCAAAGAGCAAACGUCUCACGUUGAAGCACGCGCAGUAGGAGAAGAAGCGGUGCCAAGAAGAAGCGUUCUUAAAAAGGGACUUUUAAAAUGUCUUCUUGCUGAGCAGCAAUAACAACCGUUGCAUUCAGCUAUAUACUUCCCACUUUCCAGAAUUGUCUUAAUUCUCUAAAGGUUUCACUUUAGAUGAUUUAAAUAUGACAAAAACAAAAAACAGAAAGAAAACAAAAAAAUGUACUUAUAAUACUCUAAAGGUUUAACUUUAGACCUUUAACAUGAGAUUUAUUAACAUUUUUAUGAAAGAUUAUUUCAGUUGUUAUUAUCUAAAAUGUUACAAUAUUGAGCUCCUGAUUAUGUCAACAACUAAAAAGAAAGAUACAUUACAUUUGUUGUUCUCUAAAAUGUUUUACUGUUGAAUUCUUGAUUAUGUCAAAAAAUAAGAAAGAAGAUAGAUGAAUGAAUACAUUUGUUAUUUUCUAAAGGUUUCGCUGUAGACAUUACUUGUAUGACAAAAUGAUGAAUAAAAAGUUGAAUGUAAA